GGCUCCCUGCUAGCAGAGCCUCUCUCACCGGAUGCCUCCCUGCAGGUAUCCUCCUGGGGCAUGGAGUUCCUACGGAAGCAAAGGCGGUGUCUGCAGCUGGGCUGCGUGCUUCUGCUGGCAGGGGUCUGUGCCAGCCUAGACCACCCAAAGGAGAUCCCAGCCAGCCUGGGGCAGAUCGACCACCAAUGCUGGGAGGUCUCAUCGCAGGGGCUGGUGGAAAUGAAGAAGCUGAAGGUAGCAGACACAGUGGUGGAUCUCUGGGACUUCAUGAUGUUCCUGAAGGAGUCUCCCAGGCCCAAGCAUAACAAACUCUUCGAUGACUUAGCCCAGAACUUUUGGGACAUGUACGUGGACUGUGUGCUCUCCAGGUCCCAUGGAAUGGGCAGAAGGCAACUCCUGGCUCCCAGAUACUCUUCCACAUACUCCCACAGGACUCUGGCAGGCUCUGCUUUUGCCAACCCAUUUUAGGCCAGAAGGGGAGAAGGGAGGAAGCUCAGCAAGGCAGCUCUGGAUGCAUCAGCAGCAAAACACAGCAGACACUGCAGAGGCUCAGGCAAAGCCAGUGCUGUGCUCCAGCCUUUCUUCCCUGCAGACGAGGCCUUGACCAC